GUUAGUGGAUUAUUUCAAAGUGUCGGGCGCUAACGUUACUUUUGCUUUUAUCUCAACAAAUCGGACAACAAACAAUCUGAACUAUUGUUGGUGACAAGCGAACGUAACUGCAGAGAUGUCGUCGGAGUCACAAAGAGCUACAACUGAGACCCGAGGUGCCUCCUCCCGGCUGAGAUUGAACAGCCUGACACUGGAUGAAUUGAGUGAGGACCUUGACAGACGCACCAAGGAAACACAGAGGCUUCAGGAAGAAGUGGAAAACGAAACCAAGAUAACCUUGGAGAGGUUUGGCACAUACAGCAUCCACAGCUCACCUGGACACAGCUGCCUCAACCUCAGUAACUAUUAUGUUUCACCGGAGGAUUCCACCAUUCCUUCACCCUACCAGCAGCCAGAGACUCCGGCCUUGGUCGGUGAUAUGGAGAGUCUGAACCAAGGGGAUAUCGGCUCUCUUGGAAAGGAGGCAUCGGGAAAUGCAGUAGAUGACUGUAUUCUACAGCUGUCGGACUUGCAGCUUGACAAGACAUGUGAUCAACCUGAACAAGAGACAACCAGUUUUAACAAAGCCAUCAUGGACCUGCAGGCUGAGUGGCACAAAGUCCAGAAAGAGAAGGACGUCCUGUCCAACAUCAGAGUGAAGGAUUCAAGGACACAUCUUGGGCAGAUGGAAAAGAUGCUGUUCAUCUUGGAGGAGCACCAAGACACCAAAAGGACCGAGGACCAGAAACUGCAGGAGACGGAGGACGAGGCGUUGGCAUUCUGCAGGAAAGUAGAGACAAUGGAAGACAAUGUAAAAGAGACGCGCUCGUUGUUGUCUCAAGGCGGCGCCACCACCAGUCCUAGCGUCGUCACUACUUCAGGACAGCGUUCACCGGCUGCUAGUUUAAGUGAGGAUUUCAACAAUGAGUCAGAGGAGCUACAGGAAAGACCUCUUUCGCAGUCAAUAGAAGAUCUGUGGAGUGAUUCUUCUAGAAUGGAAGACCUGAUUGAAGGUCUUGGCCAGGAGAUGGCGGUGUUGACUGACCAACUGAUCUCAUCGAAGAACAACAGCUGCAGCUUGAGUUUCAAGUUGGAGGAGCUAAAGAAACUUGCAGAGAGACAGACAUUACUGCACCGGGUUCAAGUCAGUGAACUGGAGUCAACUCUCUGCAGCCAUACAGACAAGGUUUAUUUUCUGGAGCUGCAACUCAGUCAGACUCAGUCCCAGCUGCGAGACGCCCAGAGAGAGAGAGAGCGAUCUCUACAACAAGCAGAGGAGCAUCGAUCCCAGCUGGGCCAAUUCAAGGCCCUGCUGGAGCAGGCGGCUCAGGAGGGGGAGACAUCCCAGGAACUACUGGAGGAGAAAAGGAAGGAACUCCAGCUUCACCAGCAUGAAGCCCAGCACCAUCUUGCCAUGUUCGAGGAGGCCCAAAGCCGAUGCCAAGGCCUGCUUGCAGAAGGAGAAACACUGAGACUGGAACUGGAUGAACGAGAGAAGAUGAUGGAGAGCAGCUCACAGAUUCACAACAGCACCGUCGGCGACCUUCACCAGGAAAACCGCCUUCUCAGCAACCAGCUAGACCAGCACAAGACGGAGAUUCAGCAGCUCAGGGCCGAGUUGGAGCGGCACAAGUCGGACCUGGCUGCUGCGGGGCAGGACAGGCUGCAGCUGCAGGCCUCUGUGGCUGAACAACGGCUGCGUGUCCAGGAGGAAACUCUGGAGAACCAGCAGCUCACCAUCCAGAUGGACAUCCAGUGCUUGAAGUUACUCACCCUCACGAAGGAGCAGGAGGAGCUGCGGCAGCUCCACAGCUGCAAGAAUGAGGAACACGAGGGUGCGGCGCUGAAGCUUCAGAGUCAGCUCAGGAACACCCAUGAAGAGCUGGAGCAGUUCAGACGCACCCUGAGGACCCUGAAAGGAUCUGACGGACACGGCCUCCAAGUAGCCAUGGACAUGCAGAAGGAGAUCACUGCCCGGAGAGAGCAGGUCGACUCCCUGCAGUGCAAAAUCCAACAUUUAGAAGAGAUCAACGACAAACUGUACCAGGAGAAGCACUACCAGAGUCUGGGGAAUCAGCGGCAGCUGCAGUCUCUUACCCUCAUCAGGGAGGAGAAGAGACAACUUGGCGAUGAGCUGGAGGCCCUUCGCUCCAAAGAUAAACAGUUGAGGGAGUGGAUCGGCCAGCUGGAGACGAUCCUUCACACGAUGACGGAGAGCUUCGCAGACUGUCAGGAGUUUUUCCAGCUCAAGGAGCAGGACUUCUUGCGUCUGAAACUCCAACAUGCCCUGGACUUGAAGGAGCUCCAAGGUCAAAAUCUGCACACAGCUCUGAAUGUACCUCCAUCUGACCCGGACUCCCCGUCCCCAUCCGCACUCACUGCCCCACCCGCCUCCAACACCCAGAUCACGCAGGAGUGCCGUGCCUGGGAGCUCCGGUCUCUCGUCAAAGAUCUGCGAGGAGUGAUUUCGGAGAACCGCAGACCACACACGGAUACUAGGAGGAGGUCCGAACCCGAGAGAGUGCACAGAACCACAUUAAGUACCGACGACGCGGAAGAAGUCAAAGCCGAUUCCAGAUUGAGAAGAAAAACCUGCGGCAGCGAGCCGCAUUUCCUGAAAGCGGCCGAGCUCAACGGAAAAAUGACCAGCAUCAAAUCCUGCUGUGGGAGUUGUGUUAUCUCAAGACCGGCGGCUGCAGUGAGGUUCACUUCCUCUCCACAGCUGUUCGCACUGGGCCGCAGGUCACCCGUCUACACCCUGCUGACCUCUGACCCCAACAGCCGACAAUGACGCGACACUACCUCCCGAGGCCGGUCCUUCUUAUCAAAAGCUCCUUUCCUGAUUUUGAAGGCUCCGCACAGGAAGUUAUCAAUAAAUGAAAUCCCCACGCA